AAACGCGACGCGUGAAACGCCGUUUCAGUCCAAGCUCUUUACCAUGAAGCCCGUUUACCAACGUCUUAACUUAUUCGUCGACGUCGACGCCUAUACCUUUGUUCCCGUGGAACCAGUGGGUGCGCAGUCACUCACCAUACACCGAAGCACGGGAGACAUUGUUCUAAAUCCUCCCAAUGCGACCAUUCCUUCAACUGCCUCACGCUUUGCAAAGACUGUGUAUGGUAUCUUGGGCCUCAUAUCGCUAGCUUUAUCCGAAUAUGUUAUUGUUUUGACUGGGCGAGAGCACCGAGGGAAACUAAUGGCAAACGACAUAUACCGGGCUGCAGAUUUCGACAUUUUACCACUGAACCCCAACGUAUCCGUGCAAAACCCACCACAUCCUGUCGAAGGUCACUUGUUAGCUCUUGUCAAAUCGCAUCUACGGGGUGGCUUCUUUUUGUUCAGCUACAGCUGGGACUUGUCCCGGAGGCUACAAGCGCAACAGGAAAGUGAGAAAGAGAAGCCGCUGUGGGAGGUGGCGGACGAUAGGUUUUUCUGGAAUAAGUUUCUUCAAUCUAGACUCAUAGACACAGAUAUUGCGCAAGUUCUCAGCCCUUAUAUUCUACCAGUUAUCUAUGGCACUUUUGAUCUCCGCACCGUUUACAUCCACGGUCAUCGAAUCCAACUUUGUCUGAUCAGUCGCCGCUCACGAUACAGAGCUGGCACACGGUAUUUCAGACGAGGUAUUGACCAUGACGGUCACGUAGCCAAUUUCAACGAAACAGAACAAAUACUCCUCGUUGAGGACCAGCCAGCAGCCCUGGCGUCGAGUGGGGAUUAUAACGACAAGCUGAGCUUCGUGCAGAUUCGCGGCAGUGUCCCUGUCUACUGGGCAGAGAUCAACACUUUGAGAUACAAGCCGGAUUUACAAGUCAUGGAGUUACAAGACACUGUUGAUGCAGCACGGCUACAUUUGCAAGAACAAGUUUCUCUCUAUGGCGAGCAGCGUCUGGUGAAUCUUGUCAAUCAGAAAGGUCACGAACAACCUGUGAAAGAAGCAUAUGAACGCACAAUGUCACAGGUUGACCUGCCCGGAGUCAAGUACCAGUACUUUGAUUUUCAUAAUGAAUGUAAACAUAUGCGGUGGGACCGAAUUAGUGUUCUCAUCGAGAAAUUGGAGGAAGAUCUACUUAAGCAAGGAUAUUUCCACACUAGCACGAAGCAGUCCAGCCCUGUACAGAGGCAAUUGGGUACAGUGCGUACGAACUGUAUGGAUAAUUUGGAUCGGACCAAUGUUGUACAAGCCGCGUUGGCAAAAUGGACAUUGAACCAUCAACUUAAAACUCUAGGAGUUUUUUCGGAGAACGAACAAUUGGACGAUUUUGAGACUCUGAGCAGCGAUUUCCGUGAAAUGUGGGCUGAUCAUGCAGACCUAAUCUCAAAAGCAUAUGCUGGUUCUGGUGCCCUCAAGACAGAUUUCACUAGGACAAAUAAACGAACAAAGAUGGGUGCACUUGAAGACGGGUACAAAAGUGUUCUUCGUUACAUCAAGAACAAUUACUUUGAUGGUGCAAGACAGGAUGCAUUCGACCUCGUUACUGGGACAUGGAUACCGCACAAAAAUCCAUCCAUUGCCUUAUCUCUUGUUGUUGACCGCCGGCCCCUCGUCAUUCGCUCGAUGCCAUAUAUCCUUUCGUUUUCGCUUUUCAUGAUUUGCGCAGGUCUUACGCUACCUAGGACUUCUGAUUACUCCCUUUUCUACUACUUCAUGCUUUGGUUCAUUAUGGCAUGCUUGUCCAUCGUGUUCAUCAUGAUCCACGGUAUCGAGUAUGUCUCUUGGCCCCGCUUGAUGCCACCAACGGACAUCAUAUAUUACACUGGGCCUGGUUUCCGUUCAGGACACCAUGGAAAAGGUUUAGGUAGUGCCAGUGGCAAGGCGGAUGGAAUUGUUGAUGGGCUAGGUGCCAAGUGGUUGCCAAGUGGUCGCAAAAGAGCUGCUACGAAUGCCCGAAUUGAGGAGAUAGAGAUGGGUACGAAGAAGAGAGUUGAUUGAUUUCGCACAGGAGUUUUAUCAUCGUUCCCAUGCUUUUCCUUGUCGUGGUGUCAAUUCUGAGACUUUCAACAGUGAACCACUUCGAACCCAUCAAUCCCACAUGAGAAAUUAUGAACGGCAAUAUCGUGCUUAACUGGUGAAUGUGUGCUUAGUAC